AGGGGGGAGUGUCGGCCUAUUCUCAUUGGAUCCGUUUUAUCCGCGAGUGUCUCGUGAAGUGCGAGAGUGGGAGGAGAAUUUUCCAGCAACGGAGGAUAUCAAAAAUAAACCCCCUCAUGUCAGGGAAGAGCAGAACGUAUAAAUACCCCCGAUGUGUCCAGACUGCAGUGGUGCUGGAGAGUGGCACAACAAGACAUAGCCUGGAUAAGGAAUUAGAAACGACAACUUAGACUGAAGUUUAACACAAGUCCAACUUUGAUAACCAGGACUGACUCUACAGCACUGAAAACACUUUCGAUUUGGAAAGACUCUAGAAGCUUCUCUUUUUAUUGGAGACGACGCUCGACCCAGCAGGACAUACAUUUCAAUAAAUUGAAUAUUUUUACGAUUUUUGAUUGCAAUUGAAGUUGCAGAAGAUGUGCUCCACUUUGUGUUUUGCCUUUUCACUCCUGUGCGUAAUAAACGCGGCACUCUCCACUUCAUUUGAAUCUGAGGAUGUUGUACCUGUGCGGAUAACUGGAAGAAUCAGAGGUCGCUUUUGGAAAAGAAGCGAGGAGCUGCCGAGAUAUACCCUCAGCGCAUUUGGCAAAGACAUGACUCUCAAUCUCAUUCCUGACACCAGCUUUAUCUCACCUUCCUUCACAAUAUCGCGCAUCAAAGCCAGAGAUGUUGGCGCUUUACGCACCGCUUCAGGUGCCGCGGGGCUCCAGAGUUUGAUGAACCAGACCGUGGAGGAUGAAGGACAGCUCAGGAGCUGUUUCUACUCUGGGAACGUGGAUGAUGAUCAGAACUCGGUUGUGUCUGUCAGCUUGUGCUCGGGCAUCUUUGGCUCCUUCAUAACGGAGGGGAAAGAAUAUUUGAUUGAGCCCAAACUUCAAGGCGGGCUGGGGCCAGACUCAGCAGAACAGCUGCAUGUCAUCAAGAGGAGGACAUUCACCAAAAGCCACGGUGUUCCCCUCCUGUUUGAUCACGCGGCAGCAGACAGUAGAGCUGAUAAGCACAAUGAGGAAAACUUUACGCACAGCGACAGUGACGCACGGAGGGAACCUCGCCGGAGACGCUUUGUUUCCGCGCCACGGUUCAUAGAAACCCUGGUGGUGGCAGAUUCAACCAUGACCCACUUCUAUGGAGAUGAAAUAAAGCACUACAUUCUGACCCUGAUGUCGAUGGCCGCUCAGCUGUACAAGCACCCCAGCAUAAAGAACUCAGUCAACAUGGUGUUGGUGAAGCUGCUGGUGGUGGAAGACGAAGAGGUCGGCCCGGCGGUCUCCAGCAACGGAGGCGUGGCCCUCAGGAACUUCUGCUCCUGGCAGCAGCUCUUCAACCCACCAAGCCAGAGACAUCCGGAGCACUAUGACACCGCCAUGCUGUUCACCAGAGAGGACAUCUGCGGACAGAGGAGCUGUGACACAUUGGGUGUUGCCGACGUCGGGACGAUGUGUGACCCCAAGAGAAGCUGCUCAGUCAUCGAGGACAACGGACUGCAAGCUGCCUUCACAGCUGCACACGAGCUCGGUCAUGUGUUGAGUAUGCCUCAUGAUGACUCCAAGACCUGUGAGAGACUCUUCGGAGACCUGGGAGGACAUUACCUGAUGGCUCCUCUGUUUGUCAGCCUCAACAAGACGUCGCCAUGGUCCCCCUGCAGCGCUCUCUACGUCACAGAGUUCUUUGACAACGGACACGGGGACUGCCUGCUGGACGUCCCAGAAAGCUCCAUGUCCUUACCCAGAGAGCUGCCAGGAACCAAGUACAGCCUGGACCAGCAGUGCCAGCAGAUCUUUGGAGAGGAGUUCAUCCACUGCCCCAACACGUCUGAGAGCGACAUCUGCAGCCAGCUGUGGUGUCAGGAGGACGGAACCAUGCAGUGCUCCACCAAGAACGGCAGCUUGCACUGGGCGGACGGCACAUCCUGUGGCGUCAACAGGACCUGCCUAAAUGGAGCAUGCAAGUCCACACAGGAAGUGAUGGAACCUCUGGUGGUUGUGGACGGCGGCUGGAGCGAGUGGGGACCGUGGCAGCAGUGCUCCAGGACUUGUGGAGGAGGGGUGGAGUUCUCCUACAGGGAGUGCACGGACCCGGUGCCCCAGAACGGAGGGAAGUACUGUGAGGGACAGAGGGUUCAGUACCAGUCCUGCAACACAGAACCCUGUGACAACAACCAAGGGAAGAGUUUCAGAGAGGAGCAGUGUGAGAAGUACAACAGCCCCAACUACCUGGACUUCAACGGGAACAUGAAACAGUGGAUACCCAAGUACGCCGGUGUCUCUCCCCGGGACCGGUGCAAGCUGUUCUGCAGAGCCAGAGGCAGCAGUGAAUUCAAGGUGUUUGAAUCUAAGGUGAUCGACGGGACGACCUGUGGCCCAGACACCACCUCCGUGUGUGUCCAAGGUCAGUGUGUGAAGGCAGGCUGUGACCAGGUGAUCGGAUCCAACAAGAGAGUGGAUAAGUGCGGGGUGUGUGGAGGAACUGGACUCACCUGUAGAAAGAUCACCGGCUCCUACAACAAGGCCACAUACGGAUACAGCGACAUCGUCACAAUUCCAAUUGGAGCGACAAACAUCGACGUGAAACAGCGCAGCAACAGAGGAAUCAAACACGACGGGAACUACCUGGCUGUGAGUAGAGAGAGCGGUGGUUACAUCCUCAACGGCAACUUCUCAGUGUCCACGGUGGAGCAGGACAUCCCCGUGCUGGGAGCAGUGUUGAAGUACAGCGGCUCCUCCACCACACUGGAGAGGAUCCAGAGCUUCAUGCAGCUGAAGGAGGCCAUCACCAUCCAGAUCCUGGCCACAGCAGGAGACGCCAACCCUCCGAAGGUCAAGUAUACCUUCUUCAUCCCCAAAGACGUUUCCUUCAAUAAGUCAAAGGACAAAAAGUCGCCGUCUUUGCACAUGAUCCAUCCGUUUGAUGCGCCCGACUGGGUAAUGGAGGAGUGGUCUGAGUGCUCCAAGAGCUGCGGCUCCGGGUGGUCCAGGAGGAACGUUGAAUGCAGAGACACUGCGGGCUUCUUCUCCAGCCAGUGUGACAAAGACCUGAAGCCCAUAGACAUCAAGGCCUGUGGGGAUCUGCCGUGCCCCAUUUGGCAGAUGGGACCGUGGUCCGCCUGCUCACGAACUUGUGGUCAGGGGGAGCGCCGUCGCAGCGUUGUCUGCAUAGACUACACUGGGAAGACUGUUGAGUCAGAGAAGUGUGAUCCAAAGAAAAUGCCAGAACCGGUCUCUGGAGAGUGCCUCAACCAAGAGUGCUGAUGAGCGGCGGGAGAUCAGUGAACUUUGCCAAUGUGGUCUGAUUAAACUUACUAAACAUGGAUGGAUUACUGCACAGGGAAACCUGGCUCAGGGUUAGGGGUCCGACUGCAAAAGACACAAAACAUUUACAUAAGACACCAAAAGAGAGACACACAAGCAGGAGAAAGAGACACAAAAACACACUGAACAUUAAAACAAGAAGGGAUGACAAAGAGUGAACACACAGAGACACCAAGAUAUGUAACAACACCACAAAAAAGCACUUUUUUUUUUUUAAAGAGACACAACAUAAUCACUUAGACACAUGCAACUAACAAAAAAGACCACAGAGACAAAAACAAAAACAAGGAGACAGAGCGAGAAAAGAUGUUAUGACUCCAAAAAGAUGCACAACAACUAUACUCAAAAAAUGACUAUAGAAGAUACAAAAUAAGACUUGAGAUUACUUUAAAGAGAUGCAGAAGACAAAAAAAUGACACAAAAUGUCAACAGGUGUAUGCAAAAUGACAACAAAGAGAAAAGAAAGGCGACAGAGAUAUAAAAGAUGGAAAGAGACACGAAACCUUUCAGGGCCACUCUAAACAAUAAGAAAAUUGACACAACAUUUCUGCAGAGCAUCACAGUGUGAGCACACAAAGACACAAUUAUUACAAAGAACAAAAAAACCACAAAAUAACAACAAAUUCCAACAAUUACGUCUCUGAGAUCUCCUGCAGAUUGUGGGUCAGUGUUUGUUUUGUGUCUUUUACAGUCAGAGAGAAAAAGAGCUUGGGGCCUUGACUUUGAUCUGAGCCCUGCUUCCUGUGAGCGUGUUUUCCAUCCAUGUAACCAACUGUUCAUAUGAUGUUACAUCCCAGGCUCCUGCCUAAAUAUAGUUUGUCAUCUUUUGUUGACAUUUUACAACCACUAUUGAGAGUUGAACAAUGUAAAUCUACCUCAGGAUGUACAUGUGAUGCUAUGUAUACAUGCUACAUGAAGGUGCUGUGUGUGAGUUUUCUCCAGAGGGAGAAGUUUUCUAGUCCCACGUCAACAGAAACCUUUUGUAUGAAGUCUGGUUUAAUCUGCGAUGUUUCUUUAGUUUCAAAGUCAGCUGAGAAUAAUGGCAUGAAACCUGCUGUCAACACCAGCACAGUGUAAAUAUACCUCCAAGUGUCCUCCACAGAACUCAAACCCCCAUGAAGCUUUGAUCAAGCUGUUACCUUUCACUGAGGUCACACGGUACAUACGAUUAAUGCGAUGGGCUUUAACCUCCUGUUUCAUUACUUCUCUUUUCUUCACACAUACCCAAAUGAGAUCCAUAUAAAACCUUUAUCCUCGAACAAAGAUGAAAACCAAUCAGUGGCUUUAAACCUGACUAAAUCUUCGUCUAGUUUAGAGCCUGAUGUGAAUCAGAACAGAUGGUUCCAUUUCUGAACCAGAUGUGUAGAAUUUAUAGAAACUGAUAAAGUUUAAGUUUACACGGUGUGUAAAAGACUAAGUGUAGAUAAUGACCAGUCGUUUAUGACCAGGAAAACCCACGACAGAGAAUUUCCCUCUACCUUGUAGUUUAAUUUACCGGCUGCUUUCUAAGGCAGCCGAGAGGAGCUGCGGUGCAAAACCUGCAGAGCAACAAAAGCUUGUUUGGAGGCGAUGACACAAGGACAAGUCAUCACCACACUCUAAAUGAAAUCUAAUAUUGAUUUCAUUCAUUUCCAAACAUUUGUUUUUGAAUGCAUCAUACGCAAACACUCACGGUUGUUUCCAGACUCUUGUAUGUAUAUUUGAUUUCUUCAUUCCUGUUGUUAAUUUACAGUAUGUUAUAAAAACUAAAGACAUGGAGCAUUAGGCCAGAUAUCCCUUCAGUGAAGGACCAUGCUAUUUUAUUACUACAGCUUCCUUUUUAAGCUAUUUAUUUUUGUAAAGUUUUUACCUUGUAUGUGUAAUUAACAUGGCAGAUGCUGCUGUCUUUGAGGAUUUUGUCUAUAAAAAAUGUCAAAUAAACACAUUUAUGUCCAAACAUGA